AUGGCUCCUCUAGUACUGGGCUACUGGGACAUCCGAGGCCGUGCCCAGGCGAUACGAAACCUGUUGGCCUACGUCGGAGCGGAGUAUGAAGACAAGAGGUACAGCCACGGCACAGGUCCCGUGCCUUCCAGUGACGAGUGGUUGGCGGAUAAGUACAAGCUCGGCCUGGACUUCCCCAACCUGCCGUACCUCAUUGAUGGUGAGGUCCGCCUUUCACAGAGUUUCGCCAUUAUGCGCUACUUGGGUCGAAAGCACGGCCUGAUGCCCAAGGACGACGACACCGAGCGACGGGUCGACAUGAUUGAAAUCAAGAUUAUGGACCUAGCGAGGCGGAUGGCGGCUCUCUGCUACGACAAAAAUUACACCGACGACAAGCGGCACAAGCUCCUGGCUGACGUCGCCGACACGCUUCGCCAGUUCGAGGCGUGCCUGAUCAAGUACGGGCCUUUCAGCGCGGGAACAAGCGUCACCUACAUAGACUUCCUGCUCCAAGACACCCUCGAGGCUGUCAAGAUUCUUGGCCCGACAUCUUUCCCCAAGAACUACCCUUUUCUGGUGAAGUAUUGCGAAAGCGUCGCCGCCUUGCCUGGACUCAAGGAAUAUCUGGCGUCGGAUCGCUUCAAGGCCUGGCCAAUAGUCAGCGCCCAUGCAAAAGUGCUGGGGCCGCGGCAAACACCUCCCACUGACGGCUAAAUCAGUGCCCCCUAUGCCGGUAUUGGAGACCGUCGAGGUAAAUAAAGAUGGCGGGCCGAAUGGACAG